CAUGCCUCCUUGUCUCUCUCUCUCUCUUGCUAAUGGCAACAAUCAAAACAAAUAUUGCAAGAACGUAACACCAAAGACAUUGUACGUUAUGAUCGUUUCUCUAGUACCUUGUCUGAUCUAUGUACUAAUUAAUUAGGCCGGCCGGAAGUGCAACCCCAUCUCCGGCCACGUACUCCAACGAUAUUGCUUCUUAGUACGUUAUGCUGGGAAUGUCAACGAAUUCCAAUAGUUACCCUCCACCGGAAAAUAUCAGUUCCUCUCCAUCGAUCACUGUCCUUUUGACCGUCCUCCUCCUCGUCUUCUUCUUUCUUGGUUUCUUUUCUAUUUACUUUUGCAAGUGUUUCAUGGAAAACGUCCUCACGUCUUUUCAGCGCACACCCUCCGGCGACCUUGUGGGCGUACCUGUUCCUCCCAAAGAAGGCCUCGAUCCCUCUCUAAUUCAAUCAUUUCCUACCUUCAUCUACGCAAGUGUCAAAGAUUUUCGCAUAGAGAAGUACGGUCUAGAAUGUGCAAUUUGCUUGGUGGAGUUUGAGGAUGAUAGCAUGCUACGUCUUAUAACAGCUUGUUGCCAUGUCUUCCACCAAGAAUGCAUCGACUUGUGGCUCGAGUCUCACAAAACAUGUCCCUUUUGCCGUGGAAACCUUGAAUUGUCGCCAACUAUAAUGGACAAGUCUCCAGUGCUUGCUCAUGAGAAUGCCAUGCACGAAAUUAAUGAAGGUGAAGAGUCCAUAUACGGUCAAGAUGUUAUCCGAAUUGACAUUAAAGACGAAGACGAAGAAGGCCGAGAAGGAAAUCGUAGUGAUCAUCAACAAAAUUUGGCUGCUAAUGUAAAUUCUAACGUGGAAGGUCAACAAAUUGAUGGACAAAAUGAAGAGAACGAAACGGAAAGAUUUUCGAGGUCACACUCGACAGGACACUCCAUAGUUAGGCCUAGACAAGAGGAGGAUAGGUAUACACUCAGAUUACCAGAGCAUGUGAAGAUAAAACUUCUUAGAGGCCACAAUUGGACAGGAAGUUGUACUACAUUUGGGGAGUUUUCACGACAAAGAGGCAGUUGUAAAGGUGGCUUCGGAGAGGUCUCAGAAUCUAGCUCUGCUGGUGGAGAGUUUAGUAGAAAACUGUAAUUUUGUAUCUUCAUUUGCUUCGAUCUGUUAUUAAGUUCUUUUGCUUUU